UUUGUUUCUCCUAGGUGCAUUGGAAACCCAAAAACAAAAAUGAAAGACACCACCACGAGCCUGGAAUCUGAUCAAAUCAACAGCGAUGACAAACUACAUGAAAACACCUGUAACACAGAUGGCCUGAGAUCCACAGAAGAGGCAUCAGCUGUCAUGUCAGAUAAACCAAUUAGGUGCAGUAAGACGUGCAUUGGAAACCCAAAAACAAAAAUGAAAGACACCACCACGAGCCUGGAAUCUGAUCAAAUCAACAGCGAUGACAAACUACAUGAAAACACCUGUAACACAGAUGGCCUGAGAUCCACAGAAGAGGCAUCAGCUGUCAUGUCAGAUAAACCAAUUAGGUGCAGUAAGACGAACCCUCUAGGGAAAAGUGAAAAGAGAAAAUAUACCACACCAGAUCAAAGUACCGGCAAUGAAGAAAAGGAUGAAAAAAAAAGAAAAAAAACUGUCCAGAGGAACCGUGAAGGUGUUCAACCGAUCACAUACAGCAUCAGCAGCCUGAAAGCAGAUCAAAGCACCAGCAAAGAAAAACUAAACAUAAUCACCUGGAACAUAGACGGAAACUCUACAAAGCUUGAAGAAAUAAAAUGCAUCGCUCAUGUGGUUUUCUUGCAAGAAACAAAAGGUGUGACGUUUGAGAAGAUUACAGAGGAGUGGCAUGUAUUUCACGCUAAGUACAAAGACAAUGCAAAAGGGGUAGCCAUUUUGGUAAACAAAUCAAAUUGUCCAAAUUUCCACCUUUACAGUCAGGAAGUCGACAGUAACGGACGUUACGUUGUUGUGAAAUGUCGCCUGGUCAGUCAUCAGAAGUACACACUCGUGUCUGUGUACAACCAUCAUUCUGACACCAAAACUCUAGACUUGCUCACACUGUAUCUGCAGAAAACUGUAGGAACCUUAGUGAUUGGAGGAGAUUUCAACACCACAUUUGGACCAAAUGACAGAGCCAAAGAGCUACCCGAAGGAAAGUUAGAGCACUAUGGGCCAAAGGAGAUAAACACAUACCAUUUACAAAUCAGAAAGUGUGUGGAAAGAUUCAUUAGGAAUCUUCAACUGGUUGAUGUCUUUAGAGGAAAGAAUGGCUAUGGUAUAUGGUAUGAGGAAUGCUUCACACACACACAAAAAAAAGAAGAUCAAAAGAAGAAAAAGGGAGAAGAAGAAGCAGCAGAAAAAGAAAAAAAAGAAGAUCAAAAGAAGAAAAAGGGAGAAGAAGAAGCAGCAGAAAAAGAAAAAAAAGAAGAUCAAAAGAAGAAAAAGGUAGAAGAAGAAGCAGCCCUGUCCAGGUUGGACUACUUCUUUAUCCCUGAGGAAUGGAUGUGCUUAGUCAACAAAUGUGGCGUUUUGCAGAGGGAUGAGUUUAAGGACCACAGACCACUAUUACUACAGCUGGAAAACGAACAGACAGUGAUACCAGACAUUGAGGCACUGCAACUAAACGGCAAACCUGGUGAACUCGGGAACAUCAAUAGGGUUGAGAUUGUAGCAGCUAUUCGGUCUCUGCAGCUGAGGGACAUACCUGAUAGACCACAGUACAAUUUGGAACAUUAUUUGAGUUCUAUAAUUCGCAAGGACAAUUACCCAGACAACUUCAAUUCUGCCAUUGAAAAAACUUAUGGGGGCAUUAAAUACCAUUUCUUCAACAAGAAGUAUCUCAUCCUUUCAACAAUUCUAGCCUGGCGAUUACAAGACUGGGGCAGUGGAAGAGUAGAGGAAGCUCGCAAGGUGGAAGUAACUGGCAAUAAGGUUGAAUGGCCUGCAUUACAAGCCCUCAUUCAGAAAAAACUGAAAGAUCAUCCACGCGUAAAUGAAUUCAACAUCAUUGAAAAGAUGUUAAGCAGUGAAACUGAAGGAAUAAUUAGGCUCUACAACGGCUGUCCUUUAAGUCGUACACUGCGCAAGUUUUUCACCAAAGAAAAUAUAAACAUCUCCAAGGAACAUGAUUAA